UUGCAGCAUAUAUAUUAAUGUUUUGUAACGAAUGACAACUUCGGUACUAGACGAUGAAAAUGUUCAUGUCAAAGAACUGAAUAGACUAUUCCUAAGCUGUGCAAAACAUGGCGACACACACUUGGAUGCAUCUGGUCUACAGGAUUUAUGCAUUAAACUCAACCUUUCUUCCUUUGCUGAUGUCAUACUUGAACGGAUACUCAGUGGUUGUACAGUUGUCGAUUUUACGGUUUUCAAAGAACGCUUCAUGCAAUUACUGCCAGAUAUUAUCAACGUUACCACGGUAGCAGAAAAUCUUGAAAGUAAUGCGGAAAAAAACUUAUUGGAACUUGGAAUUGAGCCCCAUGGCCUUUUAACUCGGUACGAGGCUCGUAUUUUGUGUGAACAUACGCCAGAAUUGAACAGUCUUGGGAUAGUCGAGAUCGAUGAACUUUUUGAACAGGCGGAUAUUAGUCACGUAGGACGUAUUACAUUAGCACAAUUUCUUGCUCAGUAUCAUAUGCAGAAGCGGUUAAGCGAAGAAGUAAAUUUUAUUACCGAAACUUUCGUACCAUCAGUGAAUUUGUUCGAGGCACUGGAUCCUUCUAACACUGGAACUGUUCGAUGCCAGGAAUUGUUGGAACAUUGGCGAGCGUGCGGUAUCAGUAUGGAACAGGGUUUAUAUGUUUUGAAGCUUUCCGGCCAACCACUUGAAGGAACUGUCAAUGCUAUCUCACUCAGUGGUAGUUUGGAGCGGCAGUUAGGUAAUUUAGUGGCCGCACCGACUGCCUCCACAAUAAUUCGAGUUGCCUUGCUUUCACUUCAUGCUUUCAUCGAUCAUAUAAGAUGUUCACUAAAGGAAGCUGAAUUGCGUGCGGAGCAUUUUUACAAACAGUUCCAGCAGGCGAACCAGAGACAUGUUCUUCUGAUUGAAGAACUAGAACAAAAUCAACUUUCCAUUGAACAGGCAUAUGAGCAGCGGUUUAGGAGUUCUGAUGAACGCUAUCGGACAAAGAUAAGUCAAAUAGAGGAACGAUUUUCUCAAGAAAAAAAGGAUUUGUUAACUGAAUUGGAAAAGGCAGAAGAAGAGCUUGCUCGAUUUCGAAAAAAUGAAUCAUCAUAUCGUACUCGUUUGCAAUUGUUUGAGCGGCAGUGUACACGAAUUACAGAAGAAGCGAAGGAAUUAUCUGAAACGGUGCACCAGUUGGAGCAAAUGAACCGACACUUGCGCAGUGAACUAAAUAAAGCAUUACAACCGCGGCCAUUCGAAGAAACGCAACCAACGAUGAUGCUGAGGCAUCACGUUGAAUUACUUAUCGCUCACAACAAGAGGUUGCGGGAAAAAAUAGAGGAAUUAACAAGUAAUCGGAAAAGACGCAAUACUCGUUUCAAUAUGAUUGAGCCACUUUAUUUUCACUGGACUAAUACGUUUAGAUUGGAAAUGUUGGCUCUAAAAAGACGCAAGGAAGGUAGACCAGUUGAUACACUGUCAGAGAUGGAAAGCGAACCGGAGUCCAUCUUUAUAAGGUCUAGAAGACGUCGUAUGUUGAAAGUCAAGGAACGAAAACGUCGACAUGACCGAAUUGCUAGGAUUGUGGAAAAUUCGUCUUCAAAUGAAUGGAUAGUGAAUGCAAAGAAAGACAAAGAAAAGACGUCAGAUGUUGAAUCAAGUAAAAAGCUUAAGCAAACUCUACUGAAGGAUUCACAGGAAAGUGUGAUGGAACGAAUCAAAGAACAACAUCGAGAAGAGAUCGUGGCUUUGAAGCAUUCGGCUAAUAAAACCCUUGCAGAUGCUUUGACCAAUCAGCAACGACAAAUAAUGCAAAGUUUCGAGAAGGAACGAUUUCAGUUUCAAAUACAAUUGGUUACCGAAAGAAAUAUUUUAGAGCGAAAAUUCGCAGAGGAAAAAAUGAAAAUGAUCGAUCGAUUGCAGGAAGAAUAUGAAUACGAAUUGAGCCGCCUAAAAACGGUCAUAUCUUCAUCAACACCUGACGAUUCACGAUUAUUUACCCGUAGGCUUGGGCAGUAUAAUGACGAAAGCAAUGCUCUUGAAAAUAUGGAAAGCAUUCAAACGUAUGGUUCAGUGCAAUCUUUACCCAACGUUGAACUACCAAGAUUCAGUGUCUUGAUGGAAGAGUUCCGGAAAAGUGUUGAUUCAUAUAAUAGGUUUAAUCGAAGUAGUGGUAUUAAUAUGUUGAAUAUGGAGAAGACAUCGCCAUCAUCAAAAGCUUUUUGCAAGAAUGUUUGGAUGGUACACGGCAAAUGCUCUCAUUAUGAGAUUAUAAGAACAAAGUUAAAGCAGAUCCAUGCAGCAAUAGCAGGUGAUAGUAAUAUCGUCGAAAGUGGCUUUGAAGAUGUUAUCUCUAGUGCAGAUAGCAUAACCGAAUAAUAAUGUAAAGAGGCAUGUUUUGAAAUCAGAAUGGAGGAAAUAAAGGCAAACAAAAAAUUUGGAAAGCUGAAGAUCAUUUAUAAAAAGUAAGUACGAAGAAUGCUGAUAUUCUGCAGGAACAUGCGCAUCUGAAAAACGAGAUCAAAAAACUGAGCGGUCGACUUUGUUCUGCUCGUGAGAAAAUCAUUGAACUGCGUGCUUACUUUGCCAGGUGCUCCUGUGAUUGUAUGGAAAGCUUUGAAAGUUGGCAAAAUGGACAACCAGCUAACGACCACUUGGCUGCUGGAAGUACGUGGAUACGUCGAAAGAUAGCUCGUGAUAGUAGUAACAUUUCGAAGAUAGAACAGCUUAAAGCGGAGAAUGUUUUGCUGAAUGCACGAUUAGCAGAAUCAGCAGAAUUGGUGAAAAUGUUGGUUCGAGAAUACAGUGAUCAGUUGAAUAAAACGUCACUUUUAGGAAGAUUUAUCCGGUCUAUCUACUCAAUUGAUGGCGAAUAAUUAUGAUUUUGCACAUUCCUCCAUGUUAAAUUCGCACUUCUUUAUUUUAUGCUUGG